GACCGCUCAAACCCUUUCUCCUCUCCUCUGUUCUCUCUCGAUCUGAUACCAAGGAGAAGCAAAACGGAGCAAACCCUAAUUUUAUCAUCCAUCGAUCUCCUUUCCUUCUCUUUCUCUCGUUUUUCAACUCCAUUCGAUCGUCCCUCUUCUUCUCCCUUCCUUUCUGGUAAUGUCGAGGAGAAGGGUAGAAAAGAAAGAGGAAGGCGACGACAAGAAGCGACGGUGAUUUACGCCGGCGUUGAGGAUAACGGCGGCGGGAAAAGGUAUGAGGUUAUUUUUGGCUUGCAUGUCGGGUUUGAGGGUUUUAUUUGGUUGUUUCGGUUUCUGAUUGUAUUUCUUUGUUUAUGUUUUGGUUUCCCGAUCCGUGCAAGGGAAAGGGCAAACCCGGAUCUCAGGAAAAGAGAAGGGGAACGACGGCGACUGGUGCCCUGCCGCCGACGGGAGCAAACAAAAAAACAGAGGCGAUGGAUUCGGUUGUGGAAAUGCGAGAGCCUAGGGUUUUUGUUCUUCCCUGUCUGUUUGUUCAGAGAAAGGGAAGGUGGGGAAGAAGAAAGAAGGGAGUGGUUUUUGCAGAGUUUUCGUUGUCUUGUCUUUUGAUCAGAAAAGAAGGAAAAAGGAAGUGACAGAGAAGAAAAGGUUCAGGGAAUGUUUUUUGUUCUCCCCUUUUCCCAAGAGCUGAAGGGCUCUUUUUAUAGUAAAAAACUGCAGAGGUGGCACCAUGUAAUUGGCUUUGAGGGUAUGUAGGAGCCGCCCUCUAGUGGUAAGUAGGUUGUAGAUUGGGUUGGAUCGAACCGGCUUGGUUCAGAUGGUAUGGGUCGAUUCGGUUCAGGCUGGGUUCAACCGGUUUGAUUGAAUUAGAACAAUUUAUUUUGGGUAUGACUUUCAGAGUUGACUUUAUUUUAUCGUUGAAUCUUAUUUGUAUAUAAUUAUCAUUGACUUGGGCUUAACAAUGUUGUAUUUGUAGUUUUGUAAUUUUAUUUAGUAA